AUGGGAUACUUGCUGAAGCCGAAGGGCGCCAUUCGGGUUCUCGUCGACCUUGUCAUCAGACGUGCACAUGCGAACGCGCUGGCAUCGGUCGAUGCUUCAUGCUAUACGGGUGGCAUUGGCAAAGUGGGUGAGCUUCUUGAUGACACACAGCCUCUGAUGCGUUUGGUGUAUCGCCCAGACAUUUUGCUGUUUAUGGAAGGUGAGACCGUGGCCACUGCUUAA